AUGUCCAAGAUAAUAAAGGAAAAGCGAAGUAUAUCAAUUUUUAAACAAGGGAUAUCAAAGUGUUCUGUUCCGGGUAUGAAAUACGCAAAGUGUAUAACAUCGCAGCUUGACAAUAUACAAAAGGAUUUAUGUUUAAAAGAAUUCCAAGAAUUUAAACAAUGUGUGCAGAAGGUGAUUGGUAAAUCAUGGUAG